ACUCACUUAAACGAGCGCGUGAGACGCACAACAGUUCAAUGGGUUGUGGAUUGAGAGUGCGGCACGGGAUGAGGUUACAGCUUUAGCUGAAGGGAAACACAGUGGUAUAGUAAGGUCUGUGAUAACUGUGUUGAAAGAGCAAGUAAUGAGUAACGGUCGCUGUUCUGUUCUGUUACUUGGAAUGCAGACAUUAGAUAGGAUAACGCUCCUAAACCGCAGUGUUGUGGCCGGAAGUCGCAUCCUGUAUCCGUUGCCAGUGUGAAGUGAAUUUCUGAAGUCGUGAGUGUUCAUUUCCGUUAAGGGUUUAGAUUAGACACGGGAUCCGGGAUUGCAGAUGUCCCAUUCAGACCGAGUUUAGCACACUUGCAGCAAGCAGCGUCUCUAUAACGUGUCAUUCCGUUUAACCAGAUCGAAUUUGACGCAAAGUCGCCAAGAUGCCUGAAGCUGGAACAGACAUGAAUAUGGACCGACUCUUUGAGCUGAAAACCUCGGCUCCCAUAGGCACGGAAAACAUCCCACCUCCAUCUUUGUCCAGUGGUCCGUCAGGGGACAUCCUUCGCAACUUUUACCACACCAAAAGAGUUGGAAAUUACCUCAUCGGCAGAAAGCUGGGAGAGGGCUCUUUCGCCAAAGUGCGCGAGGGGCUGCACGCGCUCACCGGAGAGAAGGUCGCAGUGAAAGUGAUCGACAAAAGAAAGGCCAAGAAAGACUCCUAUGUUACCAAAAACCUGCGCAGAGAGGGUCAGAUCCAACAGAUGAUUCGCCACCCCAACAUCACACAACUGCUAGACAUCCUGGAGACUGAGAACAGUUACUAUCUUGUGAUGGAGCUCUGCCCAGGAGGAAACCUUAUGAACCACAUCUAUGAGAAGAAGCGACUCGACGAGAGGGAGGCACAGAAAUAUGUCCGCCAGCUAGUCAUGGCUGUGGAGCACCUGCACAGGGCUGGGGUAGUACACAGAGACCUGAAGAUUGAAAAUCUUUUGCUGGAUGAACAAGACAACAUCAAGCUCAUAGAUUUUGGACUUAGCAACUGUGCUGGAAUCCUGGGAUACUCUGACCCUUUUAGCACACAGUGUGGCAGCCCAGCCUACGCUGCCCCCGAGCUGCUCUCAAGGAAGAAGUACGGCCCUAAAGUAGAUGUCUGGUCGAUUGGAGUCAACAUGUACGCCAUGCUCACUGGCACACUUCCUUUCACGGUGGAGCCAUUCAACCUCAAAGCAUUACACCAGAGGAUGGUGGACAAAGACAUGAACCCCCUGCCUCCUUCAAUCUCCUCAGCUGCAGUUAGUUUACUGAAGAGCCUUUUGGAACCAGAUCCUGCCAAAAGACCUAACAUCCACCAAGUUAUGGGUGAUUCAUGGCUACAGUUGGGAAAUCCACACACAGGAAUUCCUUACUUAAACAGGAUCCAUAUUGAGGAGAUCAACCACACAGUUCUUCUGCAUAUGACUGAACGAAUGGGCUACAAGCACAGUGAAGUCCUUAGUGCUGUGCUCACUAACCGAGCUUGCCACACUCUUGCCGUCUAUUUCCUCCUUAACAAGAAAAUGAAAAGACUCUCCAAAGAGUACCGGGAAAAGCAGUACACUAUGGAAAAGGAGAAAAAGAGUGAGCUAUUCCAGACCCAGUGGAGGAAACACAUUGAGAAAAUCACCAUUCCACCAAAGCAGACGCCGGUCUAUUUGGCUGUGAGCAAAGGCCCCACCAAAGAAAAGAAACAGAAAACAGGGCUUCUUAAAGCAAUGACUGGCCUGAAGGAUGCUUACUCACGACAGGGUGGCUGCAUUGCCUCCUCCUCCUUAGAAUACCUAGAAAUCCACCCGCUGUUUCCACAAACAUCUCAAGGAGGGCGGCACCUUGAUGCCAAGCCACCCAAGAAAGACGGCCCGAGAGCCAUGGACGUGCCUGCGCGGCCACCUUCAUCUCUGGGUGCACAUUCCUGGGCAUCAGCGAGCAAAGAGCCUAGCAAAGAUGAUCCACCAUCUCCAUGGUACAAGCUCACCAAUGGAGCUCUCUUGCCACCACGACAUGUUUCUGCUUUUCACCAACCAGACAGCUCCUACCUCAAAAAGGCUACUAUCCCCAGUGUUCCAGUGGUCAUUGUAAAACCCCAGCCCAAGAGUAGUCCCCCCAGCACAGACCGUCACAGCAAACCCGAGGGGGGCAGUAGUGGGAGCAGCAGUGGGGCGAGCAGUGGGGCGAGCAGUGGGGCGAGCAGUGGGGCGAGCAGUGGAGGCAGCAGUGGAGGCAGCAGUGGAGGCAGCAGUGGAGGCAGCAGUGGAGGCAGCAGUGGCGGCAGCAGUGGCAGCAGCACUGAGGAGCCCAACAGCCCACAGCAUCGUGCCAAGUUCCCCUCCAUGGGCAUUGGACAGAUUUUGAAAAAGAAAGUUCAACCCUUUGCAUUUCCAGCACCUCUUUUCAGGCCCGAACCAGCCGUAGAGGUAGAGUCGCCGACUCCAUACCAUAUGCAGACUCUACUAUGUGCCUCUGGGGCACUCAAGACUCUGUGCUGAUGACGAAGGCAUAUUUGUACUAUCUUAUGAAGUUGCUGUUUCACACCUAGAUCUUAAGAACUCUCAUGUACUGAAAUACGCAUACUUUUAAAACAGGAACUGUAUGCAGUAAACUGACAUUAACUACCACUGAUUUUUAUUCCGUUUCGAAGCACCAGGGCUUCCAAAGUGGCGGGGUAAUAGAACUUGAAUUCUCCGCGGAGUGAGCUGUCCUUGAUAUGCACAGAUAGAUGCCUGGGCACACCCCAACUCCGAGCACUGUGUUAUUAAUUACCUCUAAUGUGGCACAUUGGUCACAGACUAGUAAUAUUUUCAUUUUACUGCAAAACACAACUUGAGGAUCAUAUAAAGACUUUCAUUAAACCACAUAUUUUUUCAGUAGAAGAUGCUGCAUCACUGCCACUUCACUAUGUUCUUCAGAGCAUCUGUGAAGCAAAUCAUCCUGAGAUUGUUUUAUGAGCAGCACGAGUAAAGCUGUUGCUGCAUUUCCACCUCACAAUUUACAGACUCUCAGGUCUACUUCACAGAAAAGAAAAUCUCCCACUUCGUCUUGCUGUGAAUUAGUGUCACCACUAGCUUUUUGCUUACCUUGAAAGAGAUUGCUGAACAGUUGUAUAGCCUUAAAUACCAUGUGUUAAAGCCCUUUGGUCAAAAUGGGGCCAGUCAGAAGUAUUGUUACAUUGUGUACCUGUGUGUUAUCACUCUGAAUAAAUACAUGCAUUUUCGGGGAGGGAGUCGGGGUUCAUCAUGUUGUAACCCAUCAUGUUGAGUGAUGUAGUAGACAGUGCAAUAGUGCAAUUAUUUUGUACCCAGUGUUAACCAUCUACAUGCUUUAAUUCUGUUCACUGAACAGUUUUAACCCUGUGAUGUGAGAACCACAUGUAAAUAUGAACUUGGUGUGUCUUUCAUGUUGUGAGUACAUUGAUACCUUCACACUCAUUGCACAUUACUGUAGUUGAGGUAAAAAAGCUUUCAAAGUGUUUACUUGAACAGAAGGCUAUGAACUGUUUGUUAACAAACUUCUUUUCUAACACGAAAUUCCUCUUUGCAUGCGAAAAGACAUUGUUCCAAUGAUUUGUAGGCUGUUGGACGUGGUUUUGUUACAGUGAGCAAUGAACCUGAGGUCUAAAGUCCUUUGAAUUCUGAGGACCUUUUUUGUAAACUUUCUAACAACUUGUGCUUAAGUGAGAAGAGAUUUUUAUGCUGUAAAAAAAAAAGAUUUUUAAUAUUUAUAUUUUAAAAACGAGUAUUUGUGCUCCAUUUCCUUUUGCACUAAACACACAUUGCUUUUAUGACACAUCUUACACAAUAAAACUGAU